AUGUCUCUAUAUACUCCCAACAACUCUGAUGUGGUUUUGGCCAAUGACGAGCAGUCUCCUACAGGGAAACCACCUGUGGAGGAUCUGUUCUCAGACCUGUGUGAUGGACGACGCUUGCUGGAGCUGCUGGAGGGGCUGACAGGACAUGCGCUGGUGAGGUUGGAGAGAGGAUUCACACGCGUUCACUCACUCAACAAUGUCAACCGUGCUCUGCAGAUCUUGCAGAAGAACAAUGUUGAAUUGGUGAAUAUCGGAGCGGCAGACAUCGUUGAUGGAAAUCACAAACUCAUUCUCGGGCUCAUCUGGAGCAUCAUUCUCCACUGGCAGGUAAAGGAUGUGAUGAAGGAUGUGAUGGCCGGCCUAAAGCAGACCAACAGUGAGAAGAUUCUGCUGAGCUGGGUUCGUCAGAACACGCGCCAGUAUCCUCAGUGUUUCAGCAGUGGGUGUCAUACUGCAGUCACAGGUUGGCUCUUCAAUAUCCAUUAUUUCUGUCCUCAGGUCAACGUGGUUAACUUCUCCAGUAGCUGGAAUGAUGGAUUGGCCUUCAAUGCCCUCAUCCACAGCCACAGACCUGAGCUUUUUGAUUGGAGCUCAGUGGAGAAGAAGACAUCUCCAAUCGACAGACUGGAACAUGCCUUUAAUAAGGCCGAACAACACCUGGGGAUAGAGAGACUGCUGGACCCUGAGGAUGUGGCGGUGCCUCACCCUGACAAGAAGAGUGUCAUCAUGUACGUGACGUCACUCUUCCAGGUGCUUCCCCAAAGUGUUUCCAUGGAAGCCAUCCAGGAGGUGGAGACACUGCCGCGGGUGGCAGCGGGCAGUCCUGCCCGGGUGACGACGGAGGAGCACUACCAGAUCCAGACACAGCAGCGCUUCUCCCAGCAGUUCCAAAGUCCCAGCCACGAGGAUCUACAGCGGGGUCUCAGUCCUCUGCCUCCAGGCUCCACUAGCCUGGAGAGCUACCAGGCUGCACUGGAGGAGGUGUUGACAUGGCUGCUGUCGGCUGAAGAUGGACUCCAAGGCCAGCCUCCCAUCUCUAACCAUGUGGAGGAGGUAAAGGAGCAGUUCCACACACACGAGGGAUACAUGGUGGAGCUGACCACCCACCAGGGCAGCGUGGGGCGGGUCCUCCGGGCCGGCGCUGCCCUGCUAGGGGAGGGCAACUUGAGUGAAGAGGAGAACUCGGAAGUCAGGGAGCAGAUGAACCUCCUGAACUCCCGGUGGGAGCACCUAAGAGUAGCUAGCAUGGAGAGACAGAGCAGACUCCACGAGGUCCUGAUGAACCUGCAGCACCAGCAGCUGCAGCAGCUCACAGACUGGUUGGACGUGACGGAGGCGCGGAUCAAGAGGAUGGGGGCUCAACCGCUGGGUCCUGACCUGGAGGAUGUCAAGCACCAAGUGGAAGAGCACAAGCUCCUGCAGGAGGACCUGGAGCUGGAGCAGGUCAGGGUGAACUCUCUGACCCACAUGGUGGUGGUGGUGGACGAGAGCAACGGAGACAGCGCCACUGCCGCAUUGGAGAGCAAAUUACAGGUGCUAGGUGACCGCUGGGCAGCCAUUUGUCGAUGGACAGAAGAACGCUGGAUUCUUCUUCAGGAGAUUUUACUGAAAUGGCAGCACUUCACUAAUGAACAGUGUUUAUUUGACUCCUGGCUGACUCAGAAGGAGGAGCUUGUUCGCUCCAUCAAGACCUCCAACCUGAAGGACCAGACAGAGAUGGUGGCCUGCCUCCGCCGUCUUGCUACGGUGAAGGCAGACCUGGAGGUAAAGCGCCCCGCCAUGGACAAGCUGUGCUCCAUGAGUCAGGACCUGCUGUCCAGCGUGAAGAACAAAGAGGUGGCCAGCAAACUGGAGGCCAGACUGGAUAGCUUUGCCCAGCGCUGGGACCGACUGGUCCAGAGUCUGGAGAUGAGCAGCUCCCAGCUCUCGUCGGCUGUCAGCGUGGCCCAGCAGUCCGAGCUGACCCACUCUGUCACUGCGACCGUUACCAAGGUGACUACAAGGGAGAAGGUGUCAGCUGUGCGCCAGACCCGAGAGUCACCACCGCCGCAGAAAAAGAGACAGGUCGUGGUGGAUUCUGAACUCAGGAAGAGGUUUGACGUUGACUUCACAGAGGUCCACAGCUACAUGACUCGUGGUGAGGCCAUCCUACAGAGCCCCGAGUUCUCUGUGUCACGCAAGGACGGCAGCAUUCAGGAUCUGCACGACAAAGUGCAGGCGAUAGAAAGAGAGCGGCCAGAGAAGUACCGAAAGCUUCAGGAAGCAACACGCACGGCGCAGACCCUGGUCGAGCAAGAGGGGAGUCGUGCUGAUGACAUUGCCCAGUCAGCGGAGCAGCUGAACCAGCGCUGGGUGGGAUUUUGUACCCUUUUGGCAGAAAGGCUGGCAUGGCUGGCUUACCAGACAAAGGUGCUGGCCUUCUACAGCUUGUAUGAGCAUUGUGAGCAGACUGUGGACAACAGUGAGAACUGGCUCAAAGUCCAGGCGCCUCCAGCAUCUGAACCAGAGCCACUCAAAGUACAACUGGACCGAUGCCGGGGGGGUGUGGGAGAGUAG